GAAGCAAGUCUAAUUAUACAUUCAAAAUGGCAGCUCGAAAAGAAGUGCUUCAUUUAUAUCGGUUAUUACUAAGAGAAUCUUAUAACUUUACCAAUUAUAACUACAGAUUAUACGCUUUACGCAAAGUAAGGGACUGUUUUCGUGCAAAUAAAGAUGAAACGGAUCCUGAGAAAGUCAGAAGUUUCAUAAUAAAAGCUCAUCAGAACUUAGACAGUUUAAAGAGACAGACAUCACUAAAUAAGAUGUACGGCACAUUUAAGCUGAUUAUAGAGUCAUGACAUUCCAGUCACAAUGAACUGUAUCAAGAAAGCAACAAACUGAC